AUGACUUUUGCUUGGUUUCAUAGUUGGUGUGAGACUGGUCCUCUGAUCAAUAUGUUCUCUCCAAGAGUUAUCUCAAGAGCGGGUUUCAUUCUACAGUCAACAGUGAAAGAUGUUAUAGCUGAUGGAAAUUGGGUGUGGCCUUCUAAUUGGAACUCUCAUUGUGUUAUACCAAAUCUCCCUGUUCUUGAUUUGGAAAAAAAAAAUGAGGUGUUGCGGUGGAACAGAUUGGCUAAGGUGGCUGAAUUUUCAGUCUCGGUAGCGUGGGAAGAUAUUCGAUCCAGGGCUGAUAAGGUGCCAUGGUUUCGUAUGGAAUGGUUUAGCCAAUGUAUUCCUAAACAUGCGUUGAUUUUAUGGUUGGUUGUUAAGGAGAAGCUUAAAACUCAAGAUCUUCUCCAAGCAUGGGAUUACUCCUCGAUGAUUGAUGUCAUUGUAUGGGAUAUUGUUAGGGCUAAGGCUAACUUUUUGACGUCUUCAAAGAAUUGGGAUAACAUUGUCUCUGAUGUUAUUUAG